AAAUAGCUUCAGAACAACCAAAAAAAAUUCGUAUAUUGUUACAGAUUUCUACUAAAAAAAUAAACAUUAAAAAUUUUAAUAUUUUAUAAUUAUAUUUUUUACGUUUAUUAUUUCGAAUACCAUUCAACUUUAAAUUAGAUCUAAGUAAUAACAACGAAAAUUAGAAAUAACGUACCUUAUUUAUAAAAUUUAAUAAGUUCUAAAAAGUUUUGAGUUUACAAAAUAAAUAAAAUUAAUUGUUAGUUCCUGUAUAUUGGCACCGUUGGCAGCACUGUUCUUUUUCAAACGUCAGUAGCUUGAGUAAGUUAAGUAUGGCCAAGCAGAAGGGUGAUAAAAAAGGCAAAUCUGCCAUAAAUGAAGUAGUAACUAGAGAAUAUACCGUAAAUCUUCACAAGAGGUUACAUGGUAUUAGUUUCAAAAAACGUGCCCCUCGUGCUAUUAAGGCUAUUCGUCAAUUUGCUUUAAAACAGAUGGGUACCCCAGAUGUCAGAGUUGAUACGAGACUUAACAAACAACUAUGGUCCAAAGGAAUUAGGAAUGUUCCUUUCAGAGUACGUGUACGUCUUUCCAGAAGGAGAAAUGAUGAUGAAGAUUCUGUGAACAAAUUGUACACUCUUGUAACAUAUGUUCCAGUAGCAACAUUCAAGGGUUUACAGACAGAAAAUGUUGACGCAAGUCAAGAAUAACUAAUAAAUAUUUUUUAAGUAAA